AUGAUUGUUCACCAGCGCAAUAAAAAGAUUGUCUAUUUAAAGAAUGUUGAUAGGAGAAUUGAGCCAUUUACUUACCCAUUAUUUUACCCAGCCGGCACAGAUGGUUAUAGCCCGGAUUUGCAGUUACAAACGUCUUAUUCCAGCCGCAGUCAUUUAACUCGGCUUGAACUGGCACAACACAGACUUUCGUUUCGACCAGAGUUUGUUAAAUUUUUAACAGAAUCUACAUCAACAGAAGGACCCGAUGUCCGGGAACUUUCAAUUAAUGCACUGCAUUUUGGGGGCCGAUUAUUUCAACAAUAUUUAGUUGAUACUUACAUUCGUGUAGAGCGUGGCCGUAUUCAGUGGAUAAAAUAUAACCAAAAUAAGAUUUUAGAUGAACAAUAUACGGGAGUAACCAGUUUCCUUAAUCAACUUGCCGAAAAGAAAAAUGCCACAGUUGAAGAUAAAACAAUCUCGCAACAGCUUCCACAAGAUCGUCCUGAUAUCGUGGCUCGAGUCGCUAAGUUAAAAUUUGACCAAAUAUUAGAAGAUUUAGAUAAAAAGCAAGUCUUUGGAAAGGUAUCGGCUUUUGUAUACGCCACAGAAUUUCAGAAACGUGGAUUACCACACAUGCACCUGCUUAUAAUUAUGAAACCCGGUGACAAGAUUCAUCAAGCAGAAGAGCUCGAUGACUUGAUGUCAUCCGAAAUACCCCAAAAUGAUGACUUAGAGUUAAGAGAAUUAGUUCUCAAAUGGAUGAUUCACAACCCAUGUGGUGAUUUAAAUACCAACGCAAUAUGUAUGGUUCACAAAAAUGGGAGAACAUAA